AUGAGGAAACUUCGAUCUCAUCGUUCUACUGGACGUGGUUCAAUAUCACAUCGAUUGAGAAGUGGUGACAUCAAACGGAAGAAACAAACUACACCAAAGAAAAGUCCUGUUAAAUCUGCGAGUUCUCGAUCUCCACUAAAAGUGUCUACAUCGUCUGCUCGAAUUUACAUUAAAAGAUGUCGAAAAGAGAGUAUGAGGGAUCGGAGGAAAACCAUAUCAGGAAGUAUGGUAUCACCAAAUAUGAAAUCUGAUGCGAAAUCGUCUCCGAUCAAAACACGUCUGCUGCUUCAAAAAUCAAAACCACUCAAUAUAUCUAGAUGCACUCUUUGCAAAAGUUCUAAAGGCGAUCUUCACGGAUGCAUACAGUGUCAUAAAUUAUAUCAUUUACGCCAGUGCAUUCUUUAUCCUGAAGCAGUUGCAUCUAAUGCGGAAAAAAGAAGUUGGCUUUGUCCUAAGUGUGUUCUAUGCGCUGCAUGUAACCUGAUGAUAGAUGAUCCUUCAAAUGUAGAAUGUGCCACAUGUUUACGAGCAUGGCACGGUGCUUGCAUGCCAACCAACGGGAAGAUAGUCGAUCGGUUGUGGUACUGCAAGCAAUGUGCAACUGAUUCAAGUCCAUCUGGUUCAUCCAGAAGAAAUGCGUCUGUGAGCUGUUCUUCUGCCUCGGUUGAGUUACCGUCUCCAUCAGCCUCAAUUGUACAUGACGACUCAAAUAGUACUCCUCGGAAACAAGGAAGGAAGAGGGGACGCGAGAGGAAUUCGCAAGAAAAUUUGUCCUCGGUUCUCUCCGCCCCUGGAAGUUCUUCGAAACAAGAUAGGUCGUUGGCCAUAUUGAAAGCUCGCGAUGAGCUGCAUAAUGCUAUUAUUAUGGCGGACGAGAACAGGAGAGAAUCCAGCCGAAGCCCUAAAAAGAAGACAUCUUCCGAAAGAACCGCUUCACUCUUUUUAGAGGAAGAUGCAAAUUUGUUCGAAAGAGCAUUAAGCGCUGAAGAAUCUCUCUUGUCAGUAAAAGAGGAAACAGAAAAACAACAGAAGGAACAGUGGGUGAAUCUUGGAGGUGACAUGGAUUUAAAAGUGCUUUAUAAUAGCCCUUAUCCGGAACACAUAAAAAGUGUCCCACUAUUCUUUGUCUGUUCGUUCUGUCUAAAACCAUUCAGUGAACGUGAUUCGUUCUUUGUUCAUCAGGACUAUUGUCCACGUGUUACUCCGCCCGGUCGGGAAAUUUAUCGCGAUGCAACUUCGUCAUUAUCAUUUUUCGAGGUAGACGGCGCUGAGGAACGGACUUAUUGCCGCAACCUGUGCCUACUCGCCAUGCAGUUUUUGGCGUGGAAAACGAGACAUAGCGAAAUUGCGACGUUUUUAUUUUACAUACUAACACGAAAUGAGGAGGAUGGCUGUCGGAUCGUUGGAUACUUUUCGAAGGAGAAAAAUCCUAGUAGGAACUAUAACUUGUCUUGCUUGUUGACACUUCCUAGCGAGCAGCGAUGUGGCUAUGGUCAACUGCUGAUCGAUAUGAGCUAUCAGUUGUCCAAGAUAGAAAGAAAAGUUGGUGGCCCAGAGCGUCCGUUGUCUGACCGUGGACUUCUUACCUACAGGAAGUACUGGAGAUCGAGUAUAUUAUGUUAUUUGAGAUCGGUCAAGGAUUCACACUCCAUUUCGCUUAAGAACAUGAGUCUUGCAACUCGCAUACAUCCAACAGAUAUUGUAAAUCAACUGCUGCAUGACAAUUUGUUGGUUAUGAAGGAUGAAAAUUAUUUUUUCAGAACAUGGAAACGAGCCUACAAGUUACCACUGUCAAUGUUAAGACGACGGAUCGUUGACCCCGACAGAAUCAAAUGGACUCCAAAGUUUGAUGUCACAGUCCUAGAUCCAUUCAAAUUGAAUUGUUAUAUCUAA